AUGUCCAGCACCAAAUUGGAGGAUUCCCUCCCUCGUCGCAACUGGUCAUCUGCUCCGGAGCUGAAUGAAACUCAAGAGCCGUUUUUCAACCCUACGGACUAUGACGACGAGGAAUUCCUGCGGUACCUGUGGAGGGAAUACCUACACCCUAAAGAAUAUGAGUGGGUCCUGAUAGCAGGGUACAUCAUCGUAUUUGUUGUGGCUCUCAUCGGGAACGUCCUGGUCUGCGUGGCAGUGUGGAAAAACCACCACAUGAGGACGGUCACCAACUACUUCAUAGUCAAUCUAUCCCUGGCGGACGUGCUUGUGACCAUCACCUGCCUUCCGGCCACCCUCGUUGUGGACAUCACUGAGACCUGGUUCUUUGGACAAUCCCUCUGUAAGGUCAUUCCUUAUUUACAGACCGUGUCCGUGUCUGUGUCUGUUCUUACAUUGAGCUGCAUUGCCUUGGACCGAUGGUAUGCAAUUUGUCAUCCUUUGAUGUUCAAGAGCACAGCCAAACGGGCCCGAAACAGUAUCAUCAUCAUCUGGAUUGUCUCCUGCAUCAUAAUGAUUCCUCAAGCCAUUGUCAUGGAGUGCAGCAGCAUGCUCCCUGGCUUAGCCAAUAAAACCACCCUCUUUACAGUAUGUGAUGAGCACUGGGGCGGUGAUAUUUACCCAAAGAUGUACCACAUCUGCUUCUUUCUGGUGACGUACAUGGCACCUCUGUGUCUUAUGGUAUUGGCUUAUCUACAAAUAUUCCGUAAACUCUGGUGCCGACAGAUCCCAGGAACUUCUUCCGUGGUUCAGAGAAAAUGGAAGCAGCAGCAACCGGUUUCUCAGCCCCGAGGGUCCGGACAGCAGAGCAAGGCCCGGAUUAGUGCUGUGGCUGCUGAGAUAAAGCAGAUCCGAGCGCGGAGGAAAACAGCCCGGAUGCUCAUGGUGGUUCUUCUGGUCUUUGCAAUUUGCUAUCUCCCAAUCAGCAUUCUCAAUGUGCUAAAGAGAGUGUUUGGGAUGUUCACACACACCGAAGACAGAGAGACUGUCUAUGCUUGGUUCACGUUUUCCCACUGGCUUGUGUAUGCUAACAGUGCUGCUAACCCAAUCAUUUACAACUUCCUCAGCGGAAAAUUUCGAGAGGAAUUUAAAGCUGCCUUUUCUUGUUGUCUUGGGGUUCAUCAUCGCCAAGGAGAUCGGCUCGCAAGGGGACGCACAAGCACAGAGAGCAGGAAGUCCCUGACCACGCAGAUCAGCAACUUUGAUAACGUAUCAAAACUCUCAGAGCACGUGGUGCUUACCAGCAUAAGCACACUCCCAGCAGCCAACGGGGCAGGACCGCUGCAAAACUGGUAUCUACAGCAGGGAGUACCAUCUUCACUACUGUCGGCCUGGCUGGAGGUCUGA